UUCAAAGCACAUGUCACAUGUUGUGAGAUCGUGAAAAAACUGUGUCUCUAUUAAAGCAGUGAUAUGAAUACAAGACGACGGAGGAGGACUGAAUCUACUAUUUCAGUCAAGCGUCCAAAAGUUGCAGUUUACGCAGAUGGCCCCUAUAAACGAUCUAUAAAAUACAUUAAACAAGGAAAAAUAAUUACCUAUGAAGAACAAGGAUUGGGUCGUGCUGGUGUCAUCGCUGGUGAUUUGAAGGCUACAGCCAAAGGCCCCAAUGUCUCUCAUGCUGUUGAAAAAGCUGAGGCCGGCAUCAGAGAGAAAACACAGGUUGAGUUGACCAGCGUAUCAGGAAGUGUUGGUGCUUUAAAAGUUAAGGCCCAGGGUCCCAACGCAUCGCAUGUUGUUGAAUCAAAUGUGUUUGGAGUCAGAGAGAAGAUUCAUGUUCAAGCUGUCAGUGUAUCAGCCAAUGUUGGUUCUUUCCGAGCCAAAGCCAAUGGCCCAAACUUCACAUCUGCUGUUGAGGCAAAUGAUUAUGCAGUUACAGGAAUGGCUCAUGCCGAAUCAGCCAGCGUUUCAGCCAAAUUUGCUUAUGUGGAAGCAGAAGUCAAAGGUCCCAAUGCUUCAGCUGCAGUUCAAGCUAAUAAUGAUGGAGCUGCAGUGAUGGCUCAGUUCGAAUAUGGAAGCGCAUCAACCAAAGUUGGUGAUGUUGAAGCAAAGGUCAAAGGUCCCAGAGCUUCUGCUGGUGCUAAAUUAGGCAAUGACGGAGUUUCGGUGAUGGUUCGAUCUGAGGUUUGCAGCGCGGAAGUCAAAGCCGGUUCAAUUGGUGCAAAGUUGGCCAUCGCAACCGAUACUGGUGCAUCUGUUGGUCAGAAUGGAGUGGAGGCAAAAUUCCUAGGAACUGGAUUUACAAUUGGUAAAAAAACCAGCAUAUCUAUUGGGGGUUGUGAACUCUCAUGGUCAUUUUAAAGUCCCAAUAAUAUUAAAACUGAUAAUUCUUAUGUAAUAUUGCAGUAUUUAUUAUAAAAAGUGUUUAAAUUCAUUGGCCCUCAUAAAUUUCAAUCAAAACCUAAAAAUGUACUUGUGGCGAACCUUUUCUGAGGACGUCAAUUAGAUGGUUGGGGUGGAGCUUCUGUUAUCUCUGCCCCUCCAACUGUCAGUCUGUUACCUGUUCCUUUUCUGAACGAAACACCUACUUUUCUAUAUCAAAUCAAAAGUUGAAAAGACAAGCCAUGCCCACUAUUUUUCCAUAUUCCAUUUUACUUGCAAUUACGUCACACUAUGGAAGUAAACUCACGUCUUCAACUUCUGGUUAAAAGUCACCAUGAGGGCACGUUAAUCACAGAUAAGUAAUUUGUAAAAAAAUACCAUAAUAUUUCAUAAAAAUUACAGUUUUCAUUUUAUUUUCAUGGUGACUUUAAGUAUAUAAGCAUGAAAUAAUAUCUGUAUGUAACCUUUUAAAUCUCUACCCAGUUGUUAUGCAGAACUGCUGUUGUAUUUUUAACUACAGACACAGAAUAAUUACAUUAUUGAUAUAUCACAAGUCUUAUUUUGUUUUUUAUUUGAAAAUAAAUGUGUAUGAUUAUGCACUGAUAGAUAUGUAUUACAUUUCUCUUCAGGCCAGUCAAUCAGUGUACAGGAAUUUAUAAUACAUUUAUAUAACACGUAAAUCUGCAUAUGAAAGUCCAAAGUUCAUAUUUAUUAAAAAAUUACCAAAUUAUGGUAACAGUGAACAUUCACAAACUUUGUUAGUAAAAAAUUGUUAGUGCUUAUAUUUAGUUUAUAAAGAAAUCACUUUUUUAUUUAUAAGUUUAACACAAGUCAAAUGAUAGUGUAAGAGUCAAAUAUAAUAAUGGAUUAAAUCAUUUUAUUUUAUCUGUGUUGUGUUGCAGAAAGGUAGGCUAUAAGUAAUAUGUAUUGUUGUAUUUAGGAACUUUGAUUUGAAAAAAUAAAGCAAGUGCUCCAGGGUGGCCAGGGUGAAAGAGAAAGUGAACCAAAAAAAACGUAUUUCCCAAAACAGGACAUGUGUUACAAUAGUUACCCCAAUCCUGUAUUUAUUCAGAACACGUUGACAAAAUUCAAAAACCUGAAAUGAAAAUAAUUGAAUGUGUUUAUUAUCAAUUAUUUAUCCGUGCAGGUCAUACAUUUAUUUUGUUUUGUAUUUUUUUUAUAAUAUAAUAUAAUAUAAUUAAUUUCUAAUUUAAUUUGUUUGACAGAUUAUUAUUUUAUGUGCUUUGUAAAUGUGCACUUCAUUGCGUUCUUUGCUUAUAUUUAUAUCAUAAUCUGUCUAUAAAAAUUAUUUCAAGAGUUUAAAUGUAUAAAAAUGUAUUUCAAGCAUGAAAUUAUUUUGCCCUAUAGGUCCUAUGAGGGUCCCAUAUUAUCAUCCCACAUGGGUCA